AUGGCACCCACAACAUCUGAAAAGCUUGGCUUCCAAUGCGCCGCCAUCACCGGCGGUGCAGGGGGUAUCGGCAAGGCCAUGGCCCAACAUUUCAUCUCAAAGGGCAAAAAGGUGCUUCUAGUAGGCCGGACGGAAUCGAAACUCCAAGAAACAACGAAAGAAAUCGGGGCCGCAGGAUACUACGUCCUUGAUACAGGCCAUGUCGAUUCCAUCCCAGGGUUUAUCCAGCAGAUCACCACAGACCAUCCCGACCUAGACUGCCUCAUCAACAAUGCAGGAGUCCAACGACCUCUUGAAGUACUCAAGGACGGUGACUUUCUCAUAAAAGCAGACCAAGAGAUCAACAUCAAUAUCCGCGGCCCAAUGCAUCUUACCCUUGGGCUGUUGCCCCAUUUACAGACUAAACCGUCGGCACUCAUCAUAAACGUGUCGAGCGUUCUCGGCUUCAUUCCUUUUUCAAUCAUCAACCCGGUGUACAACGGCACAAAAGCAUGGCUACAUUUCUGGAGUAUGAACCUUCGGACGCAGUUGGCAAAAGGCGGCUCCUCUGUUAGGGUUGUUGAGAUUGCGCCGCCUACAGUGGCUACGGAUCUUCACCGAGAAAGGUCAGAUCCGAACGACAACAAGAAGGAGAAUAAUCCCAACGCGCUGAGCGUCGACGAGUUUAUGGAGGAAGUUUCAAUGAAGCUAGAAAAUGGAGCUGAAAUGAUUGGUCCUGGCAUGGCUGGCGAAGUUAUUGAUCGAUGGUAUGCUGUAUUUGGAGAACAGUAUUCAAAGGCUGAAAGCAGCUACUGA